UUGGAGACUUUCCAGCAGGGGGCGCAAAGGCAACACUGCACAUCCUGAGAGGUUUAGUGAAACAGAACAGAAGAAGGUACUUCCUGUAUGUUGUCCGCUGUGCCGUGUUUUCACAUAAAAUUACAGGGAUGGCUCAGUGGGGGGCCAUCUUCUCCAUAGUAGCUGCUCUCGGCGGAGCGGCGCUGUUGGCCUCUGUGCACAAAAUCGAUGAAGGACACACCGGAGUGUACUACAGGGGAGGGGCUCUUCUCACUGCCACCAGCGGACCUGGUUUCCACCUUAUGCUCCCGUUCAUCACCACCUACAAGUCUGUACAGACGACACUGCAGACUGAUGAGGUGAAGAACGUACCGUGUGGGACGAGUGGAGGAGUGAUGAUUUACUUUGACCGCAUUGAAGUGGUGAACUACCUCAUUCCAUCAGCAGUGUACGACAUAGUGAGAAACUUCACAGCAGACUAUGACAAAGCUUUGAUUUUCAACAAAGUGCAUCACGAGCUCAACCAGUUUUGCAGCGUUCACUCACUGCAAGAAGUCUACAUCGGCUUGUUUGACCAAAUCGAUGAAAAUCUGAAGUUGACACUGCAAGAAGAUCUAACAUCUAUGGCGCCUGGCCUUAUAAUCCAGGCGGUGCGAGUCACUAAGCCCAACAUUCCUGAGAGCAUUCGCAGGAACUACGAACUCAUGGAGAGUGAAAAGACAAAACUUCUGAUUUCCCAGCAGACACAAAAGGUUGUAGAGAAAGAGGCAGAAACGGAGAGGAUUAAAGCUGUCAUAGAGGCUGAGAAAGUGGCUCAAGUUGCAGAAAUCAAGUUUGGGCAGAAAAUUAUGGAGAAGGAAACUGAAAAGAAGAUCUCUGAAAUCGAAGAUGGCGCGUUCCUGGCCAGGCAGAAAGCCAAGGCUGAUGCUGAGUUCUACACAGCACUGAGAGUCGCUGAGGCCAACAAGUUGAAGUUAACUCCGGAGUACCUCCAGCUGAUGAAGUACAAGGCCAUCGCAGCCAACAGCAAGAUCUACUUUGGCAACGACAUACCUCAGAUGUUUGUGGACUCCGGCUCCGCGGGGAGCUCCAUCAAGGCCUCCGCAGCCCUGGAUGUUAUUGGUGAUCAGGUUAUAGACCUGGAUUAAUGAAGCAGGUACUUGGACUCUUAGGACCACCCAGGAGUGGCGGACUCUUUGCGGGUGGCGGAUUCACUCUCCGUUACCAACAGAAUCUGCUGUCCGGGGCCAGUAUUUCUCAGACAAUUCAGAAUCACUGCCGGGAAUCCUACUGGAGGGUAAAACAAAAGUUCAGGCAAGGUUUCUUCCACUCUGUCCUGGAUAAAAGGUAACAUUUAAACUUAGCUGUAGGUUAGAUAUGUUCAGCACUCCCAUGUAAUUCUGACUGACCUUCAGCCAAAAGAAAUGGCUUUGAAGAUUUAUUUUUGUUGCCUCACUUCUUGGGGUUGAACCGACAGUCAUUCCAGUUACAUAAUCACUGCUUUCUGCUCUAGUCGUUUCCUGUUAACAAAGUCAAUAGCUUUUUCUUUUUUUUCUGGGUCCCACUUUGUGAGCCUGCCAAGCUGUCAGUGAGUAUUAUGGUUGAUCUGAGCCGGACAAAGUGUGUUUUCAGUUCAUGCUCCUCAAUUAAAACAGGAUUAAAGAACAUGUUUCUGUGGGACAUUUCUUUAGGUACUCAUCAGAUCACGAUUUAGAUGCUGAACAUUAUCCCACAAUUUACUUUUUAAGGCAGAUGCUUAACUCAUUUCAAUAUAGGAAUUUUCUAGAACUUGUCCCCAGUUUUGUAAAAUGCCUCCUAAAGUCUAAACGUCCCAUAACUUUAUAAUAUGCCAGAAAAAUAAAGAAGUACAAUAUGAAGUUUGAAGUUUACCAGAAAAACUCCACACUUGAAAUACGUUGUGACCUUGAAGGGGAGAGGACUAAAAAAAGAAAAUGCCUACAGCUGUGGCGGAGAUCAGGGUAUGUUUCUUUAACAAUAGGAAAACACCUGCUGGGCCAGGUCAAAGCUCCGCUGUGACUCAGCAGCUCUUUAAAUGUGUGUGUGUAACUCUGAGUUGAGACUUAAUUACUGUGAUCCUUCAUUAAGACCUGUCUCUGAGGCCGUUUCAAUAUGUUCGAAGGUCCCACUUAUUGUAGCCAUGAGGAAACGUUUGGCCGCAUCAGCCUUCUUUCUUUCGGUGAACCUCAACGAUCUCAUUUUGGGUCUUUCUUGCUCUGACGUAUCUGAGUCGUCCAUCAUCAGUUCAAGCUGCAUUUUGCACCCACAUUUUACAACAAGUCAUUCCCACUUCCAAUUUGUUCCUGUAAAUUAAUUAUUUCAUAGCCACAUACUGGAACUACUUUACAUACUUUUUCAUGAUUUAUAAAGAUAAAACGUAAGAAAAGUAGUCGGGUGUAUUUUUUUUUAUAUUCUAAAAAUUUUAUAGCCUACAACCAGGGCCGGAUUUAGAAGAAUAUGGACCCCUGGGGAGCCAGUUUUGGUGCCCUAUACCAAACAAUUUUAAAAAAUAAAAUAAAUAUUUUACUAAUGCAAAUUACAGAAGUAGAUCUACACAUUUGCAAGUGCAAAUUAGUUUGUUUAAAACAUCUGGCAGAUGGCUUCAUGUUAGACCCAAAAAUAUAAUUUUUAAAUAUUGGAGUGUAGUUUCAAUUUACUAAAAUAUGACAAUACUUUUAAUAAAACACCACAUGUGAAAUGACUUUAAUAUGAACAUGCACAGUACCCGUAAAAAAAACAUUUUUUUUGCCUCCCUCACCUUCCAAAGAACUUGUGGCCCUGAGCUACUGCCUUUUGUAAGCCCUUUCUAAAGACUGACCCAGCCUUUGAUGCCCUAUUUUUGGAUACUGAUCUCUGUUUUUGGAGCCAGAUGAUUCAUGGGAAGAGACUGAGAUAACCGACUAAACCAAAAUUAACCAGAACCACAUCUUGUAUGUGGGUAUUUAUCUGCAUUUACUGACUUAACUACCCAGCAGCAGACUAUGAAUAGCUCAUAUAAAUUAUUUCGAAUCAUCAGCUAAAAAUAACAGGAAGAAAACAGCCCACACUGGUUACAGAUUGACUCAUGGUAUGACAGACCCUUCGCCCCCUCCUUCACAACAACCAUAAAUGGAAGAAUAUUAAAUGAAUUGGUGAAAUUACCAGCAACAUAGUGACAUUUCAGCCUGUUUAGAAGCAAGGAAACAGAAAAUUCUCCCUUAUAAAAUUCAAAACAGCUCUAAGGCUUCGUGUUCCUCUCAGUGAGAUCUGCUGGUAACUGUAUCAUAAUUAGAAAAAUGUGUUUUUAUUUGUGUGUGUGUGUGUGUGCCUCAAAGAGGAACCAUCCGGUAGUGAGUCGGACUCGAUUUCCUUCUGACCUGCUUGACGAAUACGGGCCCUGAGCGCAGCAACGGACAGCACAAGCUUGAUGAAUGUACUGUGGUAGCUGCUCACUGUCUCAUUUAAAUCACUGCUUUUUUUGAUUGUUUCUUUUGUGUGUGUGUGUGUGUGUGGGUGGGCGUGUGUGUGUGUAUACAGUGAAUCAAUAAUUCCUUUGAUUUGUGAAGCUGAAACUUUGCUUCUUUGUUUUUCCUGUUGAAGAUGACGUGUUGAUGGCGUUUUUCGUAGGAGACUGUGCCAAGAGCAUCUUAGAUUAUGAAGCAGAAAAGAAACUUUUUACUUUAGUUUGGACGUCCAAACUUAGACCGGUGACAUCUGCUUGAGUCUGGGCUUUUUUCUGCAAUCAUUUGAUGAAUGUUUUACUGGUUGUGUUGGAAAUUGUUCAACAGAAAUCAUUGGCCGCAUUAUCGGCCUGAAGAUGAAGGAGGGAACAUUAAUAUAAAUGUGGACAGAGACUACACUAUAGAAGCAUUUCACUGUGGGCAAAAUUACAGGCAUUUUUUUUAAAGCUUUACAAGGAGCAUUGUACGCCGCAUUGUGUAAAAACUCCACGAUAUGAUACAAUGUAAUAAAAUCAGCCUUUGCGUAAUUUUUUGUGUCAUUAAUAAUGACAUUUUGUGUCAUUAAUAAUGACACAAAAUGUAAUGAAAGCUUUGAUUGCAUUUUGAAUCGUUUUGCCUUGAACACUUAAUACAGAGUGUUCUGGCUCUGAGUCUGAAAAGGCAACUAAAUGACCAAACGUUUGCCUUUUAUUGACUCAAUUUGAAUGCAACGUGAUUAGCAUUACAAGUAUGAUGAUUCAGUUUGUGAUUGUGUAUUACAUAGUUUCUUUUAAAAAAAAAAAAAGAGCUACCUCUGCAUUUUGUAAUAAUCGGCACAAAAUGUAAUAAAAUCCUUCUACGUUCUGCUGCAUAUGUAAAACAUUACAUGUUGCGUUGAUUAUUACACAAUGUGGUUUAAAUUGUUACAUUCUGAAGCCAAAAUUUUAGAUAUUGAUAUUGAUUUAGAUAUUACAUUUUUAGAUAUUUUACAUAAUGCUGCGUUACAGUGCAAACAGAAAACAAAGUCCAUUUGCCGUGAUGUCUUCUGUUCUGUUUUCUUUUUGUUUUCGCUUUUUGAUUGGUUUUAGCUCCAUGGUGCAUUAAGUUAUUGAUGAAAUUCAGGGUUUUGGGGGGUUUUUUCCCCAAAGAACUAUUGUGUGUCCAUCACACAAUAGAUUUGUGCGUGUUUCUUAGCGGGCGGCGCCCUGUAAAGCUACAGGAUUAUGCCCUGAUAUUCAUUCCAGUGUCUCAGACGGACUGAGACGAGCACUGAGUCAACAGAACAUCGUUAUUGCACUGGGUUCAGUGAUGAAUGUACAAUCAACAUAUUGUCUUCUGAAAAUAAUCUGCUGUUUUAAUCGAGAAAUAACAUCAAGAAGCUUCUCGACAAGGGGCAGUAAUAUAUCUAGAAUAUUUCUUUUUUUUUUUUUUUUUACUUAUAUAGUAAGAGUGUAAGCAUGUGUUUGAAACACAAUAAAAUCCACAGAAGCUAA